AUGUCACACAUGUGGAACGCCACCAAAGCGAAGGUUCAACUCCGCCUCUCUGUGCAGCGCCUUCGCACUCUUCAGCAGAAGAAGGAAGCGCAAGCCAAAGCUGCUCGUCGUGAUAUCGCAACCUUGGUGGAGCGGGGAAAGAUAGAAACAGCUCGCGUCAAGAUAGAAACAAUCAUCAAUGAGGAUAUCCACAUUGAGCUCUUGGAGUUACUUGAAUUAUAUUGCGAACUCCUGCUUGCUCGUUUUGGGCUCCUGGAUCAGAACACCCGCGAACCAGACCCAGGAAUUGCAGAAGGCGUUUGCAGCGUGAUACAUGCAGCUCCGCGGACUGAGCUCAAAGAAUUGCACAUAUUACGAGACAUUCUCAUGCAUAAAUAUGGUCGCGAAUUCUCCCUUGCUGUGAUGGAAAACCGGGAUGGAUGUGUGAGCAGUCGGGUGAUGAGUAAAAUGUCGACAGCGACCCCUCCGCCAAGCCUAGUCGACGCGUAUCUAACAGAGAUCACGAAGGCUUAUGGCGUGCCUUGGUUACGGCCCAAUGAAGAAGGAAAUGAAGAAGGAAAGGAUACCAACAGAGAUGUUUCAUCUACGGACGCUGAAACGAAGACAGAGAACUCUAAAAACAACGAAAAUAAGUCUAGACCCACUUCGACUUCACCAGAGCCCGCUCCCAAAUCUACAGAAUCAAAGAAAGUGACACCUGCUCCAGUUGAAGACGAGUUUGAGGCGCUGGCACGACGGUUCGCGGAAUUGAAGAAGCGUUAG